CCCUGUCUACCGUUUUUUGAGAAAAUAGAAGAAAAAAAGAAAACUCAAAAUCACCUACUUCUUCUUCCUCAUCAUCAUCAUCAUCAUCAUCACUUCUUGCGCUUCACAAUGGGAGUUCCAGAGAGAGACCCUCUUUCUCAACUGAGUUUGCCUCCUGGUUUCCGCUUUUACCCCACCGACGAGGAGCUUCUCGUUCAGUAUCUGUGCCGCAAGGUUGCUGGUCACCAUUUCUCUCUCCAAAUCAUUGCUGAAAUUGACUUGUACAAGUUCGACCCCUGGGUUCUUCCAAGCAAGGCGAUUUUCGGUGAAAAAGAAUGGUACUUUUUCAGCCCUAGAGACAGAAAAUACCCAAACGGGUCCCGACCCAACAGAGUAGCCGGGUCCGGGUACUGGAAAGCCACCGGAACCGACAAAAUCAUCACCACCGAAGGUAGAAAAGUUGGCAUAAAAAAAGCUCUUGUUUUCUACGUUGGCAAAGCCCCCAAAGGCACCAAAACCAAUUGGAUCAUGCACGAGUAUCGCCUUCUCGACUCUUCCCGAAAAAACAACGGUGGCACCAAGCUUGAUGAUUGGGUUUUGUGUCGUAUAUACAAGAAGAAUUCAAGCGCGCAGAAGGCAGCUCAAAACGGCGUGGUUUCGAGCAACGAGCACACUCAAUACAGCAACGGGUCGUCCUCUUCGUCCUCGUCCCACCUCGACGAGGUUCUGGAAUCGUUGCCAGAGAUCGACGAGAGUUGUUUCAUGGUGCCACGUGUGAACGCGAUGCCGCAACAUCGGGAGGAGAAGCUGAACCUCGGCGCGGGGGGUUUGAUGGAUUGGGCCAACCCUGUGCUGAGCUCGGUGGGUGAUUUCGUUUCGGGGAACCCAAUGGUGCAGGCCCAAACUCAGGGGAUGGUGAAUUAUUCUGGGCCUGGGUGUAAUGACCUUUAUGUCCCCACGCUCUGCCACGUGGACUCGUCGCUGCCGCAGAAGGUGGAGGAGGAGGUGCAAAGCGGUGUGAGGAACCAACGGCUGGAGAAUUCGUGGUUUCUUCAGAAUGAUUUCGCGCAGGGGUUCACGAACUCCGUGGACACGUGUGGGUUUAAGUACCCGGUUCAGCCCGUGGGCUUCGGCUUCAGGCAAUGAAAUGAACCGGCUUAAUUUUAAGGAUAAUUAAUAAUGUUUAGUUAGUUAUUAGGGUUUAUUUUGUGUAAAUAGAUGGGAUUCUUUGGGCUAACUCGUUGGGUUUUAGAUUCCAAAAGGAUUUUAGAAAAAAAGUGCAAAAUUUUGGUCCUCGUUUUCGGCCACAGAUGGAGGUGGAGAAGUUCAAUGAAUCAAUCCACGAGGAUGAAGCAAUGAUGGAACCUUUUCAUUUGUUAGGUUGUGUAGUUUUGGUCCACACCACCCUCAUGAAUCACAUUUUGUACUUACAAUGAACUAAAAAUUGUUUCCAAUGGGUUAAUUUCGUUUCUAUCUUGA